UGCUACAGUCACUGCUAUUUGUGAUUGGUCUGGCUUGCAUUUGUCUUUAGCGAGCGCCACGAGCUGUCUUACGCACGUUGAUCUGUAUAUGUACAGAAACAUUUAAAUGUAUCGACAUCGUUUAUUUUAUCAAUAGUUAUGGGUGAAAUGGAAAGUUUAAUACCUCAAGGUGCUCAAACUUCUUUGAUUUUUUUCGUCAAUGGAAAGAAGAUUGAAGAACCCAAUGCAGAUCCGGAAUGGACUUUGCUGUGGUAUCUGAGAAGAAAAUUGCACUUGACUGGCACAAAAUAUGGAUGCGGGGAAGGCGGUUGUGGCGCCUGCACCGUCAUGCUCUCACAGUAUUUAAGAAAAGAAGGCCGCGUCAAACAUAUGGCUAUCAAUGCAUGUUUGACUCCGGUUUGCGCAAUGCACGGGUUAGCGGUAACCACAGUAGAGGGUAUUGGAACGACCCAAGAUAAAUUACAUCCAGUUCAAGAGCGAAUAGCUAAAUCACAUGGCUCACAAUGCGGAUUCUGCACUCCAGGGAUUGUUAUGUCGAUGUACGCUUUAUUAAGAAGUAGGAAUAAAAUUGAAUACCAUGAUAUAGAGACGGCUUUACAGGGAAAUCUAUGUAGAUGUACAGGCUACAGACCAAUAUUAGAAGGGUUCAAAACAUUCAUAGAAGGCUGGGAAAAACAUUACGUACCUGUAGAGCAAGGGUCAUGCAUAAUGGGAAAAGAAUGUUGUAGAAAUAAAAAAGCUACUAAGCUAGAUGAAAUUGAAAGUGACAAAUCGAAAUUUAUACCUUAUGAUCCAACGCAGGAACCAAUAUUUCCACCAGAAUUAAAGUUACAUAACUACUACGAUGAAUCUUUUUUAUUUAUCAGAGGACCAAACGUAAUAUGGAUAAGACCAAGAAAUGUUAAAGAAUUGCUUUCAAUUAAACAUAAAUACCCUACAAGCAAAAUUGUAGUAGGAAAUACAGAAAUUGGAGUUGAAAUGAAAUUUAAAAAAAUAGUUUAUCCUAUAUUGUUAUCACCUUCUACAAUAUGUGAUAUGAUGUCUUGUAAAGUUUCUGAUCAAGGAAUCAUAAUUGGUGCAGCAACAUCUCUAACAGAUUUGCAAAAUUUCUUAGAACAGGAUAUCAAAGUCGAUUCUAAUAUGACAAAAGUUUUCUCAGCAAUAAAGCGCAUGUUGCACUGGUUUGCUGGUAACCAAGUACGAAACGUCGCUUCACUUGCUGGUAAUAUAAUCACAGCCAGUCCAAUAUCUGAUUUAAAUCCUAUAUUAAUGGCAAGUGCUGCUGUAUUAAAUGUUUGUAGUUUAGAGAGAGGAUAUAGAAAAGUAACUAUAAAUGAAAACUUUUUUAAAAGUUAUAGAAAGACAGCACUUAAUGAUGACGAAAUCGUGGUAUCAAUAGAGAUACCGUUCACCGAAAGUAUGCAAUUUUUUAAGGCAUAUAAGCAAGCUAGACGGCGAGACGACGACAUAUCCAUAGUCACUGCUGCUUUUAAUAUUAAAUUUGAUCAGACUAACGCGAUAGUAUCAGAAGCAUUCAUGUGUUUUGGUGGUAUGGGACCAACAACUUUUUAUGCAAAAAGAUCUUCAAACUUGUUAGUGGGACAAACGUGGAAAGAAAAUGUAAUCAGCGAUGUAUGUGAUUCUUUAAUGGAAGAGCUGCAUUUAGAGUCGAAUGCACCAGGAGGAAUGGCUGAAUAUAGAAAGUCUUUGUGUUUAAGUUUAUUUUUUAGAUUUUAUUUAUAUGUUUCACAGAAGAUCACUAAAUUUAAUGGAUUCAAAAUAAAUAAUUAUGAUUUAAGCGGCAUUGAUGAAAUACCUUUGAUGGAACCUAAUAGUUCACAAUGUUAUGAAAUGAAAAAUAAUGCUGAAAAACCUGACGCAGUUGGUAAACCAUUGCCUCAUUUAUCUGCUUUCAAGCAAGCCACAGGCGAAGCUAUAUAUUGUGACGAUAUUCUUCCUGUAGAAGGAGAGUUGCAUUUAAGUUUAAUUCUUAGUUCAGAAUCACACGCCAAAAUAGUAUCUAUAGAUCCUAGUAAGGCUUUAGCUUUACCCGGUGUUGUUGCAUUUUUUUCCGCUCAAGAUUUAAGUGAGCAGUGUAAUAAAAUGGGCCCUAUAUUAAAGGACGAGGAAGUAUUUUCAAGAGAUAAAGUAAUUAGUCAGGCGUGUGUUAUAGGAGCAAUAGUAGCUAAAUCGGAAAUGGUCAGCAAGAGAGCUAAAAAUCUCGUGACUGUAACUUAUGAGCGUUUGGAUCCGGUAAUAAUUACUACAGAAGAUGCAAUUGAACACAAAUCAUACUUCUCCGGUUAUCCUCAACAAAUAAAGAAAGGUGAUGUUGAAAAUGCAUUUUUGAAAUCUAAACAUGUUGUUGAAGGUAAAAUUCGUAUUGGAGCACAGGAGCACUUUUAUCUUGAAACAAUAUCGGCGUAUGCUAUUAGAAAAGAAGAUGAACUCGAAAUUAUAUCAACUACACAAGCUCCAGCAGAGAUUGGGCAUACAGUAGCACAAUGUCUGCAAAUACGAAAUCACAAAGUUAUUUCAAAAGUUAAGAGAAUAGGUGGUGGUUUUGGUGGAAAGGAAACUAGAGCCAGCGUUUUGGCAGUACCUGUUGCAAUUGCGGCUUACAAAUUGAAGAAACCCGUCAGAUCUGUAUUAGAUAGAGAUGAGGAUAUGCAAAUUACAGGUUAUAGACAUCCCUUUUUAAUAAAAUACAAGGCUUCCUUUAAUGAAGAGGGUAGAAUAACUGGGGUUUUAUACGACUUGUACGCCAACGCCGGAUAUUCUAUGGACAUUUCAUGUUCCAUGAUAGAUAGAACUAUAUUCCAUGUUGACAAUAGUUAUUUUAUUCAAAAUAUAGAGGUUAACGGAUAUCUGUGCAAAACAAAUAUGCCAUCUAAUACUGCAUUUAGAGGUUUUGGAGCACCGCAAGCUAUGUUGGCGGCGGAAACUAUGAUAAGACACAUUGCCUCCGUCAUUAACAAAUCGUAUGAAGAAAUUGUUGAAAUCAAUCUUUAUCGAGAAGGGCAUCUGACGCAUUUUAACCAAGUACUAUCACAUUGUACAUUGUCUAAGUGUUGGAAUCAAUGCAUAGAAACGUCUGGUUAUUUAAAAAGGAAGAAGAGCGUGGAAGAGUUCAAUAGGUCUAAUCGCUGGAAGAAGAAAGGCAUUUCUUUAGUUCCUACUAAAUAUGGUAUAUCUUUCGGAUCUGACUUUCUAAUGCAAGCAGGUGCAUUAAUUUUAGUGUACGCGGAUGGAUCAGUUUUACUUUCCAUUGGAGGGAUAGAAAUGGGACAGGGACUUUAUACCAAAAUGAUACAAGUCGCAUCAAAGGCACUAGAAAUAGAUUACACCAAAAUAUAUAUAAACGAAACUGCAACUGACAAAGUGCCUAAUGCUUCCCCUACUGCUGCAAGUAUAAGUUCCGAUUUGUACGGAAUGGCUGUUAUCAAUGCUUGCAAUAUUUUAAAAAAAAGAAUAUCAUCGUAUAAAGAGAAAAACCCAUCGGGAUCUUGGGAAGAUUGGAUCUCAUGUGCUUAUAUGGAUAGAGUAAGUCUAUUUGCGACUGGUUUUUAUGCAGCGCCGAAAAUUGAAUACAAUCGCGAAAAGAAUAGUGGCAAUUUGUAUGAAUACUUUACUUACGGGGUGGCAUGUUCUGAAGUCAUUAUAGAUUGCUUGACUGGAGACCAUCAAGUACUGAGAUCAGAUAUUGUGAUGGAUGUUGGAGAAAGUUUAAAUCCUGCUAUUGAUAUAGGUCAGAUUGAAGGUGCUUUUAUGCAAGGCUAUGGUUUAUUUACGAUUGAAGAGAUGGUAUUCUCUCCACGUGGCGACAUUCUUUCAAAGGGACCUGGGGCAUAUAAAAUCCCUGCCUUUUCUGAUAUACCGAAAGUAUUUAAUGUAUCGUUACUUAAAGGUGCCCCGAAUCCACGUGCAGUAUAUUCUUCUAAGGCUGUUGGCGAACCGCCUCUGUUUCUUGCGGCUUCAAUAUAUUUCGCUAUUAAAGAAGCCAUUAAGUCAGCUCGAAUCGAUAGCGGCGUGCAUCCAGAAUUUGAAUUAGACACACCGGCAACUUGCGCCCGUAUUAGAAUGGCUUGUGAAGACACAAUUACGAAACAGGUCAAGCCGACGAUAAAGAGCAACGCAGUGCCGUGGAACGUGGUUGCGUAAUUAGUCCCUUUUGUAUAUUAUAUGUUGCUUCGUAGGUCAAUCCACGAUAAUAAAGAGAGAAAUAUUGGUAUUGUGUACAAAUGCUUUUAGAUAAAAGUAGAAAUAAUCGAAUAAGUGUUUAUAUACUUAUUAUAAAUAAAUGAUAUAUUGAAUAUUA